CUGUAUUCAAUACACAAACAAAUUCAAUAUGGGGGCACAAUCAGCAUCAAAGCGAGCCCACCAAAUGUGAAAACAGCUGAUAUUUGUUUGGUUUAUUUGUUAUUACUGUUGUUCGGAAUUUUCCUAAAUGAAUUGAAAGAAUCAGACGGACGGUUGGUUGUGUGGUGUAGGCACUUCAACUCAAGACAUACAAACAUAUGUCCACAAAUUUGUGUUCAUUAUCUUGCAUUUAAUCGGGUUCUUUUAUUGCUUUCUAUUUUUUGUCAACAUAUUAAAUUGAGUUACUGCAUACGAACGGCUGCCGAAGUGAAACAAGCCCCCGAGUAAAUUAAAAUGGAUCUAAGUGGUAAAAAUCUAGUUUUUGUUGCCGGUUUCGGUGGCAUUGGUUUUGAGUCCUGUAAACAAUUAAUGACUCGUAAUCUGGCCAAUUUAUUCCUUCUGGAUGUAAUGGAAAACCCCAGUGCCCUACAAUUACUGCAGAACCUGAACAAAAAUACCAAAGUAACCUACUUAAAAUGUGAUGUCACCGAUAAACAAUCCAUCAAAAAUGCCAUCGAUUAUGUAGUGAAAAGUGUACAAUAUAUUGAUGUAUUGGUAAAUGGCGCCGGUGUGGUUGCCGAUCGCAAUGUUGAAUUUGCAGUUAAUGUCAACUUAAUUGGUUUGAUAAAUACCACCCUGGAGGCCCUGCCAUAUAUGGAUAAAUCUCAAAAGGGACGAGGUGGUGUUCUUUUGAAUAUUGCUUCGGUUGUGGGUUUGGAACCCUGCGGAGCCAUUUCUAUAUACAGUGCUUGUAAAUUUGGUGUAGUGGGUUUUACACGUUCCCUGGCUGAUCCUUAUUAUUAUGAGCGCACUGGUGUUGCAGUAACUGCAGUCUGUCCAGGCAUGACUGAAAGUCCCAUGACCAAAAAUCCCAAAAUUAGUGACACCUUUGAAUAUUCGAAGCCUUUGACAGACAAACUAUAUUCGGCACCAAGUCAACCCGCUUCCAAAGCUGGUGAACAUUUGGUGCAAGUUUUGGAAAUGGGACAAAAUGGUACUUUGUGGAUAAGUGACAGAUGUGAAUUGACCAAAGUCGAACAUAAAUUGUACUGGGAACCCUAAAUAGAAUUGGAAACGUUUUUGUGAUAAUUUGUAGAUAAUGCAGGUUACAAUAAUUUAGUAAUACUUGAUUAAGUACAUAUAUGUAAGAAUAUGAUUUUUUAAUUAGUUUUAUGUGUAAAUAAAUUGAAUACUUUUCUACCCAUA